AUGGAUGUUAAAGUCUUUGAUGAUUCGAUGACAGAAGUUGAUGAGGAAGCAUUUGAAUAUCUGCUGACACGACCAGACCUUGGUGUCCUAGAAAUUUUCAUCCCAGGCACAGCAAGUUUUGAUGAUUCUUUAAGCUCAAGCUCAUUAGGAGAUGCUGGGGGCACAUCAGAGUCUGAUGACACAGCAAUGUUGAUUAGAAGUCCUCCUGAAAAAAAUAGAGCUGAGGAACGUCGUCUUGCCCAAAUGGUCGAAGAUAUCCUAAAGAGCAGCCCUGGAGGCGAGAAGGUCAUAAAUGAAUACGCUCGCACUAAAAGUCUGUCAGAUGGCAGAAGACGUGACAUGGUGAAAAUCUUGGUAGCACAUUUGACAAAUGAACAUGGAACAAGCCCUUCCCGACGUUUGAAGGAAGAAUAUGCGAAGGGAAUCAUCUCCCUAUUCCCAUACUUGGCUGACCCCAAGAGCAAACUUGGUUAUAUUGAUCAAGAUUUUGGACUUCUAUUUGGUGAUGCGACCUCUGCAAAGUUGUUGGAGAAGUGGUCUACCAACAUAAAACCACAGGUUAUUGCACAGAGCCGUGGCCUCACACAGACUAGUGAGCUCCAAGACCUCAUCCAAAAUGCUGAAGCCACUGAAGUUGAAGAAGGUUGGGACAGCGAUAUGUCUUCCAUUCUGAUGCUGGUUCACCUUUUGCCACCCUCAAGUCAAGGCCGCAAAAGACCGGGAAAAAUCUCAGCUAGACAAGCAUGUGAUUGUCUUGUGAAAUUCAUCAAGACCGGAACCAGUAUCCAAGGGCACUUGGAUAGCAUUGGAGAGAGUCUCCAGCCAUAUCUACUUGUUGUUGGGCCGAAGAGAAGUAGGGUCCAGUCUUGUUUUAUUGUAAUUGACCAACAUGCUCUACCCUGUAAGGCCUCUAAUUCACUGGCCUGUGUUGAUGAGCUUUUCAAAGCUCACUUUGUCUUUGGCACCUCAUACUGUCAGGAAUUGACCAAUGUGUAUAGCUUUCUGCAAACCACUGUCUAUGACAUAGAUGUUGAAACCACCAAGGUGAAUCCCAGAGUGGCUGAGUUGAGAGCUAGAAUGCUCCAGUGAGCAGAUGAAUUGUUUCAUUUGUAAAAGGGGGCAUGCUAGUGCCAAUGCCCUUAUAAGGCACUUUAAGUUAGUUCAUGGCCUUUGUCCAGGAAAAAGUCUGAAGUUAAAAUGUGCUCAAAGAGGUUGUUCACAUGUUUACCAUAGUUUUUCUGGAUUACGAAAGCAUCUCAGCAAGUGUUGUGCAAUUGACAGUUCACGCACCGAUUAUGGUGAAAGCUCAUCCACCACCAACUCCAUUUCAUUAGGGGAUGUAGGUGUUUUACCAAACCAAAAUUCACCUUGUGAGUCUGUACUCUUAAAAACAAAUAUAGUAAACAGUUGUGCAACAGUGGUAGCUGAACUUAAAGUUGCUGGUGUCGCAGAGACAACUAUUAACUAUGUUGUUAGUGCUCUAGAAGAAGUGAUUGGAGACAUUCAUAGUCAAACUCAAGAAUCUGUGAAAAAUCUUUAGAGGAGCCCAUAAAGAGUGCUGUUGAGUCUCAAAUUGAUCAGUGUUUUGAAAAAAUGCAAAAUCCUUUUGUGGCAUUAAACACUGAGAGCAAGAGAAUGCAGUACUUUUCAGAGAAAUGGGGAAAAAAUAUAUCCUGUUGAAUAUGUUCUCGGAACAAGAUUUGCUACACGGCGUAACAGAACAACUGGAACUUAUGCCCAAACCAUUGUUAAGGAUAAAUUUGUAUAUAUACCAAUUCUUGAGACAUUACAGUCCAUUUAUAAGCACCCUAACAUUAAAGAUAUGAUGACGAGAGAUUCACAACAAAGACCAAAUUGUCUUUAUGACAUACACGAUGGAGAAUUCUUUAAGAAUCAUGCGCUCUUCUCAAAACAAAGACAUGCAGUUCAGAUCCAGCUUUUUUUUGAUGAAUUUGAAUGCUCAAACCCCCUUGGAUCAAAACGAGGAAUACUUAAGUUAGGAGCUAUCUAUUUUACCCGUAGAAAUAUUUCCCCUAAAUACAACUCGAGUUUACUAAAUAUCCAUUUAGUUGCUUUAUUUCAUGCACAAGAUAUCAAAACUUAUGGGUUUGAUAAAAUACUAGGGCCGCUUGUCCAGGAUAUCUCAACACUGGAAACCAAUGGAAUUCAGAUUCCUUUAUUUGAUCAUACAGUUUAUGGAACCAUUGUCCAAGUUACUGGUGACAACCUUGGUGUUCAUUCUUUAUUUGGUUUUGUGGAAUCGUUUAGUGCUAGGUACUGUUGCCGCUUUUGCCUACUAGAGAAAGAAGACUUUCAGACAGAGUUCAGUGAAGAUAGUCCAAAGAUGUCAGUGCGAACUAAAGAACUUCAUGCUGAACACUGUCAGAAUAUGCAGAGCAAUCCCAGUCUACCUUAUGUAAUGGGAGUAAAAAAGUCUUGCCUUUUAAAUUCUUUGCAAUAUUUCCACACCACUGCAAAUUUUUUGGUUGAUAUCAUGCAUGAUAUAUUAGAGGGGGUUGCACAAUAUGAGAUGAAAUUACUUAUUCAGCACCUGAUUGACAAUUACACCACAUCAGCAGAAGUACACAGACGAAUUCAGAGUUUUAAUUAUGGCUUCAUGGAACAAAACAACAAACCUCCUGGUGUAGCAUUAAGAGAGGGUUCCAAUGACC